AUGGCUGCGGCGCAAGCCCCCUGGGGGUGGCAGUGGGGAGAGGCCCGCGCGCUCGGCCGGGCGGUGAGGCUGCUGCAGCGCCUGGAAGAGCAAUGCGGGGACCCCCGGCUUGCCUCCAGUCCCCCCUCGCUGCCAGACCUGCUGCCCCGCGUCGCGCAGCAGCUGCGCCAGGUGGCCCACGCCCGGCGGGCGGCCGGCGGGGACGACGCCGAGGGUCCCGGUGCUGCGAGGGACUUUCUCAUCGUCUACCUUCACAACCUGGAGGCCAAGAGCAGGCAGGUGGCGGCACUGCUGUCGCCCCGGGGUGGGAGGAGAGCCAACGACCAGCUCUUCCGGGAGGGCUCCAGACGCAGGCGACAGCUGGCCAAGCUGGCCCUCAUCUUCAGUUACAUGCAUGCGGAGCUGGGCGCACUCUUCCCCAAGGGAAAGUACUGUGGACACACGUACCAACUCACCAAGGCCCGGGCCCACACCUUCUGGAGGGAGCACUGCGGAGCCCGGUGUGUGCUGCCCUGGGCUGAGUUUGAGUGGCUCUUGUGCACGUGCCACCCAGUGGAAUCUGGCUGCACGGCCCUGGCCUUGCGCUCCACCAUUAACCUCACCUGCAGCGGCCACGUGUCCAUCUUCGAGUUUGACCUUUUCACCAGGCUCUUCCAGCCGUGGCCAACACUCCUCAAGAACUGGCAGCUCCUGGCAGUCAACCACCCGGGCUACAUGGCCUUCCUCACAUAUGAUGAGGUCCAAGCGCGUCUGCAGACCUACAGAGACAAGCCAGGCAGCUACAUCUUCCGGCCCAGCUGCACUCGCCUGGGUCAAUGGGCCAUUGGAUACGUGAGCUCAGAUGGCAGCAUCCUGCAGACCAUCCCUCUCAACAAACCCCUGUUCCAAGCACUCCUGGACGGACAAAAGGAAGGCUUCUACCUCUACCCAGAUGGGAAGAACCACAACCCAGACCUGACUGAGCUCUACCAGAUGGAACCCCAUCCGUACAUCCAUGUGUCAGAGGAGCAGCUGCAGCUAUACUGGGCCAUGGACUCCACGUUCGAACUCUGCAAGAUCUGUGCUGAGAGCAACAAGGACGUGAAGAUCGAGCCCUGUGGGCACCUGCUCUGUAGCCGCUGCCUGGCCACCUGGCAGCACUCCGACAGCCAGACCUGUCCCUUCUGCCGCAGAGAGAUCAAGGGCCAAGAGGCUGUGAGUAUCCUAUCCCAAGUGAGGCCAGCGGAAGCCAGGGCCACUGCUGAGGACCCGAAAGAGAGCAGUGACCAGGAAGAUGGGGAGGAGGAGCUGGGGCAGGUGGUUUCCUCAGCUCCCCCACUGCCCCCUCAGCUGAGUGCAUCCCCAGCUAAAGGCCAGCUGAAAGUGGCACCUCUGGCCCUCCCCAGACUUCAGGGCCCUCUUUCCUUUCCAAGAUUUAAGACUGUGGCCUUGGCCCCAUGGCAAAUCACCUCCAGCCCUCAGGCCAGGGAGGGAGCCCCAGGAAACUCCUAA